AUGAUGGCGGCGCUUUCGCUUGUGGUGGAAGGAGAAUUGCAGGCCCACACCACCCCUUCAUACCAGCGUCUCACCCACCUAAACCUGGAAGCAUCAGCAGAUGCCGAGCGGCUCGCUGACCUGGCGGUCGGCGUGGGUGUCUUUGUGCGCUGCCAGCUGGCGGCGCGGGCGGCAACGCUUCGGCAGCUAGUGGCGGAGGCGGAGGAGGCGGAGCGGCAGCUUGCUGACCUGGAAGGGGUGGUUGUUGAGCUGGAUAGAUUCACUGGGAAGCUGGAGAGAGCUGUGGCAAAAGCUAUCAGAGAGGGGGUAUGA